GCUAGCUAACUGAUUUGGAUAAGGAAAAGCUCUUACUCGUGUUUCUCGGAGCCCGUGAUGCGAUUUGGCCGUGCUCCUACGUGUAUCCAAUUAUCCAUCCAGAUUCUGGGCAAUAUCCUACAACAACAUGGAGUUUUAUUUCAUUCUUCGUCAGCAUCAACCAAAACUCAAUAUCUUCUUUCUCUCUUCGGAUAAACUUCCUAAACCAAGAAAAUCCUUACUAUUUCUGUCCCUGCUGCAAAUCCAAAACGUCCUCGUUCUUAUCCGAAAUUUCAAAUCCCACAAUGAGCAGGUCGAGCGUUAUUAAUUCUUCCCAUAAUAGCUUCUCAGAACCCCGAUUCUCUCUGCUGCUUCCCAAUCUCCUCUCUUCCUCCGUUUUCGCCAGAGUGUUUCUAUAUUCACCCCGACCAGGAUCGCUCUCAGAUUAUCUCCGAGCUCUGAUUCAAUGGCGGCCCUUCCUCCCGGCUCCCUUUUCCUCGGAUUCGACUCCUCCACCCAGUCGUUGAAGGCGACGGUACUGGACUGCAAUCUUAAUGUGAUUCAAUUGGAUCAAAUCCAUUUCGAUUCCGAUUUGCCCCAUUACAAGACCAAAGAUGGCGUCUACAGAGACCCGUCCGACAGCGGCAGAAUCGUUUCCCCUACGCUAAUGUGGAUCGAAGCUCUCGAUCUCGUCCUCCAACGCCUCUCCAAAUCCGGUUUGGAUUUCGGGAAAGUUGCUGCUCUCUCCGGCAGCGGACAGCAACACGGCAGCGUUUACUGGAAGAACGGCAGCUCUUCGCUGCUCUCCUCGCUGGACUCUAACAAGCCGUUGUUGGAUCAAUUCCGCAAUGCGUUUUCAAUCAGUGAAUCGCCUAUAUGGAUGGACAGCAGCACCACGGCUCAAUGUAGGGAAAUUGAGCAAGCUGUUGGUGGAGCGAUUGAGCUGGCUCGGAUCACUGGGUCUCGUGGGUAUGAGAGGUUCACUGGACCUCAGAUCAAGAAGAUAUUUCAGAAGCAACCUGAUGUUUAUAACAGCACUGAGAGGAUUUCACUUGUUAGCUCGUUCAUGGCUUCUAUUUUUGCUGGGAAGUAUGCUUCCAUUGAUCAUGCUGAUGGUGCUGGGAUGAAUUUGAUGGAUAUUGAGAAAAAGACCUGGUCUAAAGUGGCUUUGGAGGUUUGGAUUUUUCCUUGCUUUUGUAACAAGUUAUCUGCUUUCGUUGUGGGUUGAUUGCAUUUUUGUUGAAAGUGCGUUGUUGAAUGUUCACAGGCAACUGCGCCGGGUUUAGAGGAAAAGCUCGGGGCUUUGGCUCCUGCUUAUGCUGUUGUUGGUCCUAUUGCUUCUUAUUUCGUCGAGAGGUAUAAGUUCAGUAAGGAUUGUUUGGUUGUGCACUGGUCUGGAGACAACCCUAACAGUUUAGCUGGUUUAACCUUGAGUGUUCCUGGGGAUCUGGGUAUUAGUCUUGGCACCAGCGACACUGUUAUCGGUAUAUCCAGUGAUCCUAAACCUGGGUUGGAAGGUCACGUCUUCCCUAAUCCAGUAGAUACGAAAGGCUACAUGGUAAUGUUAUGCUACAAAAAUGGGUCUCUAACUCGUGAAGGUAUGCACUAAUGUAACUUGGUAUGUAUUCAACGUAUACCACCAUCUAAUCCCUCCACUAAGUUGAACUGGUCUUCGAUUUAGAGGUGCGCAACAGUUGUGCACAGAGCUCUUGGGAGACCUUCAACAAACUCUUGGAGCAAACACCGCCUCUUAAUGGUGGGAAGUUGGGUUUCUACUACAAGGACCAUGAAAUUCUUCCUCCACUUCCAAUUGGUUUCCAUCGCUACAUUCUCCAAAAUUUCAAUGGUGCCUCCCUGGAAGGGGUGAGUGAACAGGAAGUGAAAGAAUUUGAUCCUCCUUCAGAGGUGAGAGCAAUAGUGGAGGGCCAGUUCCUGUCGAUGAGAGGCCAUGCUGAGAGGUUUGGGAUGCCAGUACCUCCAAAGCGUAUAAUCGCUACAGGUGGAGCAUCAACAAACCAAAGCCUGCUGAAGUCGAUAGCAUCGGUAUUUGGCUGUGGAGUCUACACUGUCCAAAGACCUGAUUCUGCGUCUCUAGGAGCUGCAUUGAGAGCUGCGCAUGGCUGGAUCUGCAACAAGAAUGGUAGUUUUGUGCCGAUAGCAAACUUGUACAGCGACAAGUUGGAGAAAUCGUCACUGAGCUGCAAGCUGUCGGCUAGCGCUGGGAGUGACGAGGUGGCAUCGAAGUAUGGCGUGAUGAUGAAGAAGAGAAUGGAGAUCGAGAAGCGGCUGGUCGAGAAGUUGGGACGCCACUGAUUCCUGGGCUUAAAAUCAGAUGAUGUCCUUCCUACGUUUAGUGCUUAGGUUGUAACUAUUUGUUUUUCCCGUGCCACUACGGAAUUUUGAGCAGCACAUUCUAAGACAUGUCGAUGUCUUGGCGGAUGAAAAUAAUAAAUGGCAACAUACUCUCUUUUGUUGGUAAACUCGACUUUUAUUCUAUUUUCUUUGGGAGCGGAUACUAUAA